UGCUAAAGCAGUGCAGGGAGGAGGGAGCAGGGGAAGGAUAGCUGGGUGGGAACUACAGGCAAGAAACCUCAGCGACAGUGUGCAGGGAAAAUAAAGAGAUAGAACGUGUUUGGGAACUGAUUAGUGCAGGGUUGCCAGGGAGGUAUUUUUCCACCAAAUAAGGCUAGUAUUUUAAAGCUGCAAUGGGUUUCCAAAGUACAAACCCACCAAGGCAUCGUUUGGAGCAAGUUUAUAGAGCCUCAGUGGGCAUGUACUUUGGAAAACCACCAACCUUUUUUCCCUAGCUAACUGGCCCGCCUCUCCCAGUGCAUGUUGGGUAAUGUUGUUUUUGUUUAACAUUUUCUCUACUGCUAAGGUUAAUGUAAAACUACAAUACCCACACUGCAACGGGACUGAUUACUGUAGAAAGGAGCUCCCUUUACUAUUCCUCUUUGCAGCAGUUCUAGCCUCUCAGUCCCAACCUGUCUGUACUACAACCUUCUUCCAGCUGCAUUUGGUAUGGCCAGAGAAGGAGGUUGAGGACGAGGAUGCUUCAUAGCAAAGCACCAGAUUUGAGUACUGUACCCAGAAAUGGUUGUCCAAUCUCAAAAUCUCCUGGCUAAACAGCAUAAGUUAACAGACUACAGAAGAUGAGUAUAUUGAUAUUAUCAGCUGGAGAGGCUCACUACAGUUGGCAACCACCUACAAAGCAAGUGGAAGAUGAAUCGAAUGUGGGAGAAGAAGUUUUGGAUCUCCUGCUUCUUUAUCAUAUUGUUUUUCAUAUUAGUUACACUCCAGGUUAUGGUUGAACUUGGCAGAUUUGAAAAAAGGGAAACACAAAGUUUCACUGUCAUCGAUAUUAAGGAGCAGAAGAAACCUUUACUGAAACAUAUAAAAGAAAAGAGCAACAGCAGAUUAAGACAUUUGAAGGACAACUAUCCCAUAAUGCUUUGGUGGUCCCCACUUACUGGAGAAAACGGAAGGCUUGGGCAAUGUGGAACAGAUACAUGUUUUUUUACUAUUAAUAGAACUUACCUUCAAGAUCCAAUGACUAAAGCCAUUCUGUUUUAUGGUACUGACUUUAAUAUUGACAGCUUACCACUUCCACGUGAGAUAAGUCACGAGUGGGCUCUCUUUCACGAAGAAUCUCCAAAAAACAAUUAUAAGUUGUUCCAUGAGCCUGCUAUUACUUUAUUUAACCAUACUGCUACCUUCAGCCGACAUUCACACUUACCCUUAACAAGCCAGUACUUGGAGGGUCUUCAGGCAUUGAGAUCUAAGGAAUACCUGAUAUCAAUACAGAAAAAAAAUUUCCUGAGAAAGAGACUGGCGCCUUUAGCAUAUGUGCAGUCUGACUGUGAUCCCCCAUCAGACCGUGAUUCUUAUGUUCAGGAACUCAUGAAAUAUAUUGCAGUGGAUUCCUAUGGUGAAUGCUUACACAACAGAGACCUUCCACAACAAGUGAACAACCCAUCCUCUAUGGAUGACUCACAGUUUCACCACAUACUUGCGCAGUAUAAAUUCAUUUUGGCUUUUGAAAAUGCAGUUUGUGAGGACUACAUAACGGAGAAGUUGUGGAGGCCGCUUAAAUUAGGAGCUGUUCCAGUAUAUUUUGGUGCUCCAAAUGUUGAGAACUGGCUUCCAAGCAAUAAAAGUGCGAUAAUUGUGGGCAGGUUUUCCCAUCCUAAAGAACUUGCCACAUAUAUAAAAAAGCUGGACAAAAAUGACAAACUUUAUAUGCAAUUUAUAGAGUGGAAAUUGCAUGGAAACAUUAACAAUAAACACUUGCUUUCCACAAUCACAGAACGUAAAUGGGGAGUGCAAGAUGUAACCCAAGAUAACUAUAUUGAUGCUUUUGAGUGCAUGAUCUGUAAAAGAGUAUGGGAAAAUGUGCGCUUAAAAGAACAGGGUCUAACUACUAAGCUAUGGAAUGCUGAAUCAUUGCACCUAAAUUGUCCAGCCCCUGAAGCAUUUUCAUUUUUACCAGGUCAUUUACUAAAGUCCAGCAUGAGAGAAAUGUGGAAGCCUAGCUUUGAACAAUCCAAGAAAGAGGCAAAGGCACUGCGAACACUAGUUGACAGGAAUAGAAAUUUUACUACUGUGGAGUUUUGGAACCUUGUUUUUAAAUUUCAGUGAAUGUUGUACUUUAUGCCAUUUAUGAACAUUUUCUUUCCUGUGACUACUGUACUGUUUCUUUUUCAUUUUGUAAUUUAUUUUCAUUUUAGAAACAAUGCAAAUUACUGCCAGCAUAAUGUCUUGUGUACUGUGCUUGGCAAUAGUUCAGUAGUGCAAUUUUUGCCUAUACAAACGCUUUGCAAUAAAAUUUCUUUACACCCUAACCUGUAGCUAGGGUUGCCACCUGUCCGGUUUUGAUCUGGACAGCUUGGUUUUCAGAAGGGUUGCCUAGGUCAAAACUACCUGCCCAGUUUUCUCAAUUUGGAAAACUGGACAGGACUCUCCUAAAGUGGCGAGGUGAUCGACCAAUCGCAGAUCACCACGUUGUAGCCAGCCAUGUGUCAAUACGUCCCCGCCCACUGACGUCAUGCCCCCUCUGGGACCUACAGCCAUGGAAAGGUGGCAAUCCUAACUGUAGCAGUCACAGAUCCCUCAUGAGGCAAUGGACCAAGUUGUCCACUAUUACUAAUUAAAGUACAGGAUUGUGCUUUUUAUAGCUACUCAUGAAGCCUUUGCCUUUAACACUAGUGGUCUUAUUUACAAAGUUAGUUAUAAUGACUCUAACCCUUAGGGAUAUACUUUUUCAAAUGCCCUAAUGAAAGAUUUAGCUGCACUGCUGAAUAUUUGGUUUGAAGCGUACAUGUGGGGUUCCACCCAUUUAAUCUACAAAUGGAAAUUGUAAUAUAAUUUCAGUUUACAUUUUGGAAUUAUUUUCAGUUAUUUGUAAUUUUACUGCUAUUAAAAACAUCUGUCCAUUUUUUAUUCCUUGCACAGCUUGUCCUGACUAAAACAGUCAAGAAUAGAGCUGUGUUCUGCUAUUAUAUUUCAAAAGUCAGAAGUUGUGACAGAAAAUAUCAUUCUGAACAAUUUAAUAUUCAUACUUUGAGUGUAGUUUUUACUUAAAGGCCAGUGAAGCAUAGUGGUUAGAUACAAUAAUUUUUGAAGAUUGCAAAUAUCACAAAAAUGCUUCCGAAAAAAUCUGAAUAGUCAUGAUAAUAUCGUAUUGGCGAUCUAAAAGUCACAAAAUUUUCAUAUUGAAUGGUCGUAAACGGCGGAAAAACCUUUCUGGCUUUGAUCCUUCUGUGUGUGAUUUUGGAAGCCUCCCAUAGGACUCAAGGCAGCUCCAACCUGGCCCAAGGAAAAUCACGAUAACGAAGCUUGAAUGAAUCCAAAACUUUUGUACUCUGCGCGCCAAUACUAUUUUGUCGUGUAAUUUUUGACGCACAGUGCGAAAAAUUGUGCAAAUUAGUGAAAAAAUCUGCGAAAAUAUGCAAGAUACAAAAAAGUCAGAUUCGGGCCAAUCAUACUUUAAUAAAUCUACCCCAUAGUGUCAGCCUGGGUGAUGAAGUCAUGAUAUUGUCCACAUAGCGAAAUAAGUUGUUAUUAUUAAUAGAAUUAUAUUUUUUUUCUAUUCCAAGAAAAAUACACAAAUGUUGCAUAAUGAAUGUAGACCACAUUGUAAUCACCAUAAUAAACAAGUAAUAUUGCAUAGAA